GUGUAAAUCCAGCAAUGCCAACGACGAUGAUUAGAUACGGCUGAGACAUGACUCACGUGUUCACAAGCCAGGUUUUCCAGGAACGACUUUGGAAAUUUCUUGUAAUUUUUAACUCCAAAUCCUGGAAAUCUACGUUUUAGACGCUAGGUAAAACCAAACAUUUCCAGGAUAAAACUCUGAAUUGUAUUACUAUUAAGUUACCAAAUUCUACUGCAACACACAAAAGAACCAAAAGAGAAUCUACCGGUCUGUUGUCUCUUUACGGGUAACACAAGUAUUCACAACUGGAAGCGGAAUGUGUAGAAACUGAUAAUGAAAAGGCGCGUAAAACUCGUCACCUUAUCAAGAGGACUUUGUGUACGCGCUUUUACUGUUUUAACAGCGAUGAGCAGCCAUCACGAAGCAAACACGGACUCGAAUGUCUCACUUCCGCAGCGCCGCGGGCGCCGAAAAUACGCGUCAUUACGCAGGGCGGGACUUCUGCUCUGCGCAUCCUGUUCGACGGAAGGCGAGAGGUCCCAAUCCGUUGGGCUUUACUACCCCCUAACUGGCCCGAGCGGGGUAACUUCUAUCUGUUUGUGUAGCUGGCUGUGCCCCUUCAUCCCCGUCUUCCGUCAAGGACACAGAGCACACAUGUGGGCUGAAGCGCUGAGCUGGGCCAGGUCCAGCUCCUCCCCACCGCCGGCCCUCCGCGGUCCUCUCUUCCGGGAGGCGGCGCCAGCGGCUGGCGGGGCGCCCGCUUGGGGUUCCCCUGAGUGACGCGCGGCCCCGGAGGCCGAGGUCGUCUUGCUUGGCACCGUUCCCGACUCGGAGCCUUCUCCCGGGCCUGGGCGGAGGCACCACGCCUCGCUCGGGAGUCGGGACCGCAGGCCCGGUGGAGCCCGUCGCCAGGGCGGCCCCGGCCCAUGGGGGUCCAGGGGCUGUGGAAGCUGCUGGAGGGCGCGGGCCGGCAGGUCAGCCCCGAGACGCUGGAGGGGAAGAUCCUGGCCGUGGAUAUUAGCAUUUGGUUAAACCAAGCACUUAAAGGCGUCCGCGACCGGCACGGGAAUGCCGUGGAGAACGCGCACCUUCUCACAUUAUUUCAUCGGCUCUGCCAACUCUUAUUUUUUCGAAUUCGUCCUAUUUUCGUGUUUGAUGGAGAUGCUCCACUGUUGAAGAAACAGACUUUGGCAAAGAGGAGGCAGAGAAAGGAUUUGGCAUCCAGUGACUCCAGAAAAACCACAGAGAAGCUCCUGCAAACCUUUCUGAAAAGACAGGCCAUCAAAUCUACCUUCAAAAGCAAAAGAAACGAAGCCCUGCCCAGUCUUACACAAGUUCACAGAGAGGAUGAUAUCUAUGCUUUGCCACCCUUACAGGAGGAGGAAAAACACAGUUCAGAAGAGGAAGAUGAAAAAGCAUGGCAAGAAAGAAUGGAUCAAAAGCAAGCAUUACAGGAAGAGUUCUUUCACAAUCCUCAAGCAGUAGAUAUCGAGUCUGAGGACUUCAGCAGCCUGCCCCCUGAAAUAAAGCAUGAAAUCUUGACCGAUAUGAAAGAAUUUACCAAGCGAAGAAGAACAUUAUUUGAAGCAAUGCCAGAGGGGAAGAACUCCAGACUCCCCGCACGCUGUGUAAGUGGGACAUUGAUCCUGGCGGCGAUGGAGAGUAGCAGCAAUAACGAUAGUAAUGCGCAUGACGAAGCAGGUCACGGGUCGCAAGCCCGCCUCCUUCCGACCCCUGGUCCGCCGCUCCUUAGCCACAUAUCUGGGGUGACUCCACAUGUGGGGGGCGGUGAGCAGGUGGCGGAGCAGGCUGGGGAGAGUCCCAGUGGGGAGCCAGAGGCAGGGCCUGAAGUGAGAGGCGGAGAAGGUGCCCUGGGGGCUGAAGUUCAGCCCGCCAGCAGCGAGGACUUUGCAGAGGAGCCCGUGGCCAGCAGCGGUGGCAGGACAGAGAGGACAGACCCAGCUGGAGGGUUGAGCACUGUCUGGCAUCAAGGUGCUGAAUCUCACAUUCCAGGAAAGCCAGCGUCACUUGCUCCUGUGGCAAACGAGGCCGCUCAGACCUGGGCAGAGUCUGUCAUCAGGGGGAGCAGAGGUGCUCUGUCUUUGGGACCCAUCGAGAGUCCACACAGUGAUUCCCCCAGACCCCUCAGAGGCAGGGAAGCCCCGAUGGUGGCUCCCCCAAGCGUGAGCUCUGAAUCAGGGCCCGAAGUGCCCAGCAGAGAGCUGGAGCCGCAGGCAGACCUCAGCCUGUCUGGGAGGCCGUGUGCUUCUGCUCAUUCAAGUGACGAGGACACAGAGGCUGAACAGAGCCCUGCUUCGAGAGUCACCAGGACUGAGAUUUUACAAGAAAGGAGCACAGCAAGCAUCCCCUCGGCAGGAAUCGCUGACUUAGCAAACCCAGGGCCGUGUAGUGUGAAGGAGCUUGGGAAUCUCCUGAAAGCUAUGGAAGAGCGGGAGAAAAGUGGGCUCACAGGCCAGGUGUUCAUUUCGGGUCCGGAGUCCUUGGAGCCGCUAGAAACAGACUCUGAAGAAAGCGAAUCUGAUGGGAGUUUCAUUGAAGUGCAGAGUGUGAGCAGUGACCGUGACCUCGAGGCUGACUCCAGCAACGCUUCCAAACUUCUUUCGGAACCGCACCAAGAGCACCCAGGAGCAGCCAUGGAGGAAGAACCCACUGGCGUGUGCCAGCGCCCUCUGCAGGACGUCUCGGGAAGCGAGGACACAGACACAGAGCCUCCUGAGGAAGCUGAAAAAGAGGCAGAGGAUUCAUUGAAUGAAUGGCAAGAUAUUAAUUUGGAGGAGCUGGAAGCCCUGGAGAAUGACCUUUUAGUGCAGCAGAAUUCACUGAAUGCACAAAAACAACAGCAAGAACGGAUCGCGUCCACUGUCACAGGACAGAUGUUCUUGGAAAGCCAGGAGCUUCUGCGCCUGUUCGGCAUCCCCUACGUCCAGGCGCCCAUGGAGGCAGAGGCCCAGUGCGCCAUCCUGGACCUCACUGAUCAGACUUCUGGAACCAUCACCGAUGAUAGUGAUAUCUGGUUGUUCGGCGCGCGGCAUGUCUACAAGAACUUUUUUAAUAAAAACAAAUUUGUAGAAUAUUACCAGUAUGUGGACUUCUACAACCAAUUAGGACUGGACCGGAACAAAUUGAUAAACUUGGCCUACUUGCUCGGCAGUGAUUACACUGAAGGAAUUCCAACUGUAGGUUGCGUGACCGCCAUGGAGAUUCUCAAUGAAUUCCCAGGUCGUGGACUGGACCCCCUUCUCAGAUUCUCAGAGUGGUGGCAUGAAGCUCAGAAGGAUCAGAAGAUAAGACCCAAUCCUUAUGACACCAAAGUGAAGAAGAAACUGCGGAGGUUGCAGCUCACACCUGGCUUCCCGAACCCAGCGGUUGCGGAGGCCUACCUUCGGCCUGUGGUGGAUGACUCCAAGGGGUCGUUUCUGUGGGGCAAACCCGACCUGGGCAAAAUCAGAGAAUUUUGUCAGCGGUAUUUCGGCUGGAGCAGGACCAAGACUGACGAGUCGCUGCUUCCCGUGUUAAAGCAGCUGAGUGCCCAGCAGACUCAGCUCCGAAUUGAUUCUUUCUUUAGAAUAGCCCAACAGGAGAAGGAAGAGGCUAAGCACAUUAAGAGCCAGAGACUCAGCAGAGCUGUGACAUGCAUGCUGAGGAAGGAGAGGGAAGAAGCAACCAGUGAGAUAGAAGCAGCCUCUGUUGCCAUGGAGAAAGAGUCUGAGAUCUUUGUGGAGGUAAAAGAACAAACUCACAGAAGAAACCUCGCACAGAAAUCAAAAGAGGCGUCAAGCGUGAAAAGAAAGCGGCUUUCAGAGAGUGAACGUGGCGGGUUUCUGGGGGAGAUCUACCGCUCAGAAUCAUCGGAUGCAUCUUCUGGGGAAGAUUCUGGAGGUUUACCUUCGGUGAACAUACAGAGGGCAAAAGGAGCUAAAGACUCAAACAUGAGCUCUUCAGCUGUGCGGGACACACUGCAGGAAGCUCCCGUGCGGGACAGGGAUGGGACCACCAGCAGCUCUAGUGAUGACGGGCGGGAGGAGGCCAGGGCUGCCCUGGUGACUGCCCGACCCGUGUUUGGGAAGAGAAAGAGGAAGCUGAGAUGUACGAGAGGAAGAGGAAGGAAAACCUAAUACAAAAAUAUGUAUUCUCUGGUUAUGUGGAACAACAUUGUGUAAUGAAUUUUGCUAUGAGAACAUUAUAAAAUUAAAUGUAUUUGUAUAGUCUUUGUA